ACAACCGUAUUUAUCUCAAAUCUCGGUAUGGAUCAGAUAUUUACACAUUGUGUGAAGCUUUAACUUCGAAGAUGUAAAAAUGUCGGAACUCGAUCAAAGAGACGGCCUGAUGGACCCUAUUACUCCAACUAAAGGUCCUGCGAAAGUCGCUAAAUUGAUCAAGAUAAAUUCCAAUGAAGGCCCAAGCGCUCCGGACAAACACCCAAUACCCAAAUCCCAACAACGCGUCGUCGUUAAGCGCACCAAGGCCGUGAUCAUAGAUUUGGGAACAGGAUACCUAAAGGCUGGCUUCGCAGGACAGCCCGGACCGUCCUGUGUGAUUCCCAGUGCGGAGGGGGUAACGCGUCGGAGAUCGGACGUGGCCGGGUUCAGCCGCCGAGAGAGCUUUGUUGGAAAGGAGCUCCUGCAGAGACCGGACUUGGAGUGGACGGCGCCUCUGCAGCACGGCAUUGUGACCGACUGGGAGGCGGUUGAACGCCUGUGGGAGUAUGUCUUCCAACAAGAGCUGCAGGUCCCAUUCGAAGAGCAUGCGGUGCUCGUUUCCGAUCCCCCCCUGAGCCCCACAACCAACAGGGAGAAAUUCGCAGAACUGAUGUUCGAGACAUUCAGCAUCCCUGCUAUUCACAUUGCCUACCAGUCCGUAUUGUCCGUGUACUCGUACGGCAGAACCACGGGCAUCGUUUUAGAGAGCGGGCACGGCUGCUCUUACGCGGUUCCCAUUCACGACGGCUAUCACAUGCCAAGCCACACCGGGCGAGUGGACUACGGCGGCCAGAGUCUCGACGCUUACCUGCUGAGCAUGCUACAAGAUUCGGGUAAGACGAUCCCAGACAAUCUACACAGCAUUGUGGAAGAUAUCAAGAAGAAAUGUUGCUAUAUCUCGCUUGACACAGACCACGAAAUGUCUUUGGAUAAAAAUGAUUGCGCAGUGGACUACGAGCUCCCAGACGGGCAUUUAAUUUCUAUUGGCAAAGAGCGAUUCGCUUGCCCAGAAGCCUUGUUUCAGCCCAUCGCGUUAGGUUCCAGGGAACCCGGACUGCAGACAAUGGUAAUGAACUGCAUCAACAAGUGUGACAUUCAAAUUAAGAAGGAUUUGCUCAAGAAUAUUGUCGUCUGUGGCGGUUCAACAAUGUUCCCGGGAUUCCCCGAACGCCUGCAGUACGAACUUGACAAAAUUGCUCCCAAAAGCGAAGCCGCGGUCGUGGCGGUACCUGAGCGCAAUUACGCAGUGUGGAGAGGGGGCUCCAUUCUCGCUUCGCUCCAGGCUUUUCAGUCACUCUGGGUUCGUAAGGAAGAGUACGAGGAGAGGGGACCUUUUAUCAUCUAUCGAAAAUGUUUUUAAAAGUUUCCACAAAAUUGUAUGGCGACAAGUUAAAGUUACAAAGUCUUUAGAGUUAAGUAAACGAGAAAGAAAAGAAUGUCCAAGGACUUCAUCUUAAAAUUCGCUGAACAAAAACCAAAUCGUUUCUUGUUACCCGUUAUCGUUUGCUUUCAGUAGAGAAAAAAAAAACAACUUGGGCAUCCAUGUCCUACCAGGUAACAAGUUCAUACCUUUUCUAUACACUUUGAGUAGCUGGUUAAUAUAAUGUAUCAGCAUAAGCCCUAAUGAAUUAUACUGGAAAAUGUCAAGCUAAUGUAAAGUCAAGAAAAAUGAUAAAUUGGUAAAUCGACCUCCCGGGAUUUAAAAUAAAUGUAUUUAAAAUUAAA